UGCUAAUUUAUGCGCACAAACCACGCCCGCCCCGCCAUCGGCUUUACGGCAAGCGAGGGGUUUUGCGACAGUUCGCGUGCGUGGUGCGGGUGGCGGCGGCGCCGCCGUGACGGGUCCGGGGGUGCUCGGGUGUCUGUGAGGGAUCCUGGGGUGCUCAGGGAUCUGUGAGGAGAUUCCGGGGGUCUAAGAGGAGAUCCCGGGGUGCUCGGGGGUCUCUGAGGGAUCCCAGGGGUCUCUGAGAGAUCCUGGGGUGCUCGGGGGAGUCUGUGAGGAGAUCCCGGGUUGCGCGGGGGUCUCUGAGAGAUCUUGGGGGUGCUCGGGGGUCUCUGAGGGGGUUCUGGGGGUGCUCAGGGGUCUCUGAGAGAUCCUGGGGAUCUCUGAGGGAGUCCCCCGGGUGCUCGGAGGUCUCUGAGGGGUCCCGGAGAUCCGGGAGGUGUCUGGGGUGUCCCGGGGGUCUCUGAGGGAGUCCCCGCUCCCCUCCGAGCGCCGCUGCCCCCAUCGAUGUGUCCCUAACAGGGUUCAGGGGCGGGCCGGUCCCGCGGUUCCCGUGUGAGGCAAUGGCCGGGAGCAGCACCACCCGCAGCCCGAGCCCGGAGCGGGGCCCCGGCGCUCCCUCAGCCGAGCAGGCGCUGCUGCAGGCCGGGCAGGCGCUGUGCGAGCGGCCCGGGGCGCUGCGGGAGCUGGGCGCGCUGCUGGAGGCGGCGGAUCCCGCGGCUCUGGCCCGGCUGGCGGCAGCGCUGGGCGGGCUGGCGGCUCCGCCACGCCGGGAGCAGGACGGGGCCGAGCCGCCCGGCCGGGACACGGCGUUAGCGGCCGUGGCGGAGCGGGCGGAGCGCGUUGGCGCCGCGUUCCUGCUGCUCCUGCAGAAGCUGGAAGAUGCCCGGAGCCAGGAGUCACCGGUGAAGCCCAUCCCGAAACGGGUGCUGGGACACGCGUUCAUCUUUGCUGUCACGCACAAAGAGGAGAGGCCCUGGACCACGGCGAGGAGUCGGGCGGUGGCUCAGGAGGUGCUGGAGCGGCUGCUCCGGACUGCGGGCUGCGGGUCCGUGGAGGAAUUCCUGCAGGGAAAGGAGGGGGAUGAGGAUGGAAGAUUCGGAGAGGUGAUGGGGCUCCUGAAGCAGGAGUUAACCAAAGACACCUGGAAGUGUAACCCAGCCUCCAAGGACGUGUUCUCCUGGUCCCUGCUCCGUGUCAGCCGGCCCUGGCUGUGCCCGCACCUGGAGCGGGUCCUGCCGCCCGCGCUGCUCCUCUCCGACGACUUCCAGGAGGAGAACAAAGUGCUGGGCGUGCGCUGCCUGCACCACAUCGUCCUCAACGUGCCAGGAGCGGAUCUGUGCCAGUUCAACAGGGCCCAGGUGGUUUUCCAUGCCCUCUACAACCACCUGUACUCACGGGAGGCUCCUCUCAUCCAGGCGGUGCUGCUGUGCCUGCUGGACCUGCUGCCCGUGCUGGAGCGGUGCCAGCGGCGCCAGGGCCAGGCCAGGGCCAGCUCCCCCUGGGACCAGGUGCUGCAGCUGCUGCUGGCACACAUGGAGGCCGAGCACCGGCUGGCGCUGCGCAGGGUGUACGCAGGGACACUGCCUGCCUUUGUCACCAGACUCGGCAUCCUCAUCGUGAGGCACCUGAAGAGGCUGGAACGAGUCAUCCUGGGCUACCUGGAGGUGUCUGAUGGCCCUGGGGAAGAGGCCAGGCUGGCAAUGCUGCAGACCCUGCAGUGCACCAUGGAGCACGCCUGGCCCAGGAUGCCCUGCAGGCUCCCCGUGCUGCUCAAGGCCCUGCUGAGGCUGCUCUGGGACGUUCACAGCGAGCGGGGCCCGACCCCCGAGCCCGUCAGGGCUGCCCUGCUGCAGGAGGGCACGCAGUGCCUGAUCCUGCUGGACCGCUGCUGCCAGGGCCAGGUCAAGGUGCUGCUGGCAGGGCUGCACAGCAGCUGUGAGGAGAAGAGGCUGCAGGAGUGCUUCAGGAAGGUGCAGGAGAGCUCCUGACACUGCUCAGCCCCUUUUGUACAAUAAAAUUGUUGUGUUUAUUUAAAGUUCUGUCGUUCUUGUCCCGUGCCCACCUUCCUGAGGGGUGAGAGCUGCACCUGGGGCACUGCCCACCUUCCUGAGGGGGUGGCAGCACAGGAAUGGGCCCUGGGCUUGGUAUCCAAGGGUUGGCUCGGGCACUGUGCCAGGGCACUGGCAGCACUGCUCUGCUCCUCUCAGGAGAGCUCCUGAGGUGCCUGAGAGCACCUGACACCGCUCAGCCCCUUUUGUACAAUAAAAAAUAUUGUGUUUAUUUAAA